AUGACGGGAGACGAGAGUUCGAAUGCGGGAGGCGGCAGCGCCCAUGGGAGCCCAGUUGCCGACGGGGCCGCCGCGCAGAGUCCCCCGGAUGCCGGCUACGAUGCUCAGCAGAUCCAAGCCCUCGCCCGCCGCCCACCCCCAGGUGCUUCUGUCUAUUCCCCCUCCGCCCCUCCCCUGGGCAUUCUUAACCCUCGUAGUUGCGUAACAUGUCGCAGGAGGAAGGUGCGCUGCGAUAAGCAAAUGCCGUGCUCCAAUUGCCGGAGAGCCCAGAUCCCGUGCAUCUUUCCUGCGCCAGGAAGGGCCCCGCGCCGCCCGCGUCCGAAGCAGCCGAACGCGACCGCAAAACCGUCGAGCGAGCGAGAACUGGAGCUGGUGAAACGCUUGCGGAAGCUAGAAGGCAUCGUAGAAGAACUGAGCGGCCAGAUCGAGCUUGAGGCGGUGCGACAUCCUUCGAGUUCGGGAAAUUCGCCCGACCAUGUGGCGGGGUCGCACGAGGACACGCACAUGGGAGGAGUGCGCCACGGCGCCGGGGACAGUGCUGUGAGCCUGAACGGCAGCAACUACAGCCAAGACUCGCCGACCAUGAGUGCGGUGGCAGCGGCAAGGCUAUCAAAGACGCCAGGCAGUGCGGUGUCUAGCAACACCCCAGGCUCCGAACCCCAGAGGAAAACAUCAUCCGAUGUUCAUACCCAUUUCGGACGGCUGCUGCUGAACGAAAAAGGAGGCGCACGAUACGUCAGCAGCGGGUUCUGGUCCAACGUUAAUGACGAGUUGGAAGAGAUACGGCGACAGGCUGACCACCUUACUGAUGAUGAUUUUGACGAGUCGGACGAAGAGGGCACCCCAGAUUCGACGUAUCCGGAGAAGAACACGACAGACCACCAGUCCUUCGUCAUGGGAUACCGCUCCGCCGACGUGGACCUACGACCCCUCCACCCCCUACCCUCCCAGAUACCCUUCAUGUGGCAGGUUUACCAGGAGAACAUUGAUCCCAUCCUCAAGAUCCUCCACGUCCCAACGGUGACGAAGCUCAUGCGAGACCUCCGCAACAACAUGGACAGCCUGACGCCCCCUACCGAGGCAUUGAUGUUCUCCAUUUACUAUGCCUCGAUCACGGCAUUAGAGGAAGACGAAGUGCGCCUAAACUUUGGAGCGGAGAAGUCUGUCUUGGCCCAACAGUACCGCUUCGCGCUUGAGCAGGCCCUGGCCAAGGCGAGCUUUUUGACCACGCCUGAUAUCACAGUUGCCCAGGCCUUCCUCUUAUUCCUCGUCCUGGUGCGCCGGCACGAUGACACGCGCUUUACCUGGACGUUGACUAGCCUCCUCAUCCGAAUGAGUCAGGCAUUGGGGCUUCACCGCGACGGGACGCACUUUCCGAAUCUUACGCCCUUCGAGAUUGAGAUGCGGCGGCGCCUCUUCUGGGGUGUAUGCAUGCUCGAUCUUCGGUCGGCCGAAGACCAAGGAACCGAUCUUACACUCGUCGAACGUGCCUUUGACACCAAGUUCCCACUCAACAUUAACGACAGCGACAUCUCGCCGGACAGCAAGGAACCGCCGAAACCAAGGCGCGGCCACACAGAUCUGACCUUCUCGCUAAUUCGCUUCGAGAUCUGCGCUCUCGUGCGACGCCUGCAUAUGGCGUCAUCCUCCAUGGCGUCUCUCUGUCCUCGUGAUGCGGCGUGUUCGCUGGAAGAGCGAGAAGCGCUGCUGAACGAUCUUUAUCAGCGGUUACACAGAGACUAUCUCCAAGGACACUCUGACGAACCCAUGUAUUGGGUAGCCGCCAUCAUCAUCAGAGUCAUCGUUGCCAAGAUGACGCUUGUGAUAUACCAACCCGUCUUGUUUCCAGGCCCGGGAAACGAACACCUCUCCGCCGAUAUACGCGCACGCCUGUUGAUUUCUGCCAUCGAAGUCUUUGAAUGCAGCCAUAUCCUUAAUACCGACCUUCGGUGCAAACCGUGGCGCUGGCUGUUCCAGACGUAUACACAGUGGCAGGCCGUGGCCUAUGCCCUGAUAGAGGCGGGGCAUCGGCCGUGGAGCGCCUCUGUCGAGCGCGCCUGGGAGGCGCUCAACCUGGUGUGCGCAGCCCCCAAGCCGUCGGAAAUCGAGAAGCUUGCAGACCACAUGACCAUCUGGAGUCCUCUCCGAAAGCUUUACAUUAAGGCCAAGAGGCACCGCGAGGCGGAAAUUGCCCGGCUGCGGGCGGAUCCUCAGGCGGUGGAAAAGCUUGAUUGCGAAGAUCAGUGGAGGAUGACGCCGCAAAGCCUCAAUGCGCUUCCAGGGUCUCUUAAGUGCGUAGCCGCAAACGAGCGCUGGCGCAAGCUAGUCAACGCUCCACCGCGGCCGAAAGGAGCCAUGCAGGCUCCAGUGCAGUCUGAGGAUAAAGGUUCGCCCCUCAUACGGCAGGGAAACACGGUGGGGAUGGGCCUGGGGGCAGAGACCAGCAGCACAGCCCUGCCAGCAUUCAUGGAAUACGUGAACGCGGCCAUGUCCAGCCCUGCUUCGUUUAACCCCCAGGAUUUCGCAAGUAUGUGGAACAGAGGAUCCGACAUUGGCGUGGAUAGCUCCAUCGUGUCUGGGUUUGUGGCGGCCAACCUGUCGCAAGCCGGAAACUUUAGUGGUGGGCCAUUAAUGACCCAAGCAGGGACCACGAUGGCGACGAAUGACAAUAACCCCACUCAGCAACAACAACAACAACAACAACAACAACAACAACAACAACAACAACAACAACAGCAACAAGAGCAACAACAGCAACAGCAACAGCAACAGCAGCAACAACAACGACAACGACAGCAGCAGCAGCAGCAGCAGCAGCAGCCAAUUCCAACGGAGGAGCUACCUGCGUGGUUGUGGCCCGAGACCUCGGCGCCAGAUGUGUUUCGCUUCCCGAGCGUUAACCCGGAGGAAGUAGACCUGAACAUGGACGAAGGGUUUGACUGGCAGGCCUGGCAGGAGAACCUGGGCCGCUUUGAGAUGGAGACCGGCGGCGGCGCAGUUGGUGGCUCUUGGGGUGCUGGAAUCUAG